AUGGCAAUGAAUAAAUCUCGUUUCUUAGUUUCCUCUUUUCCAUCAUGCAUUGCUAAAUGGCAAAAUAUCAUCGUGCGAGAAGAUCUGAACGGGAAUUACGGACACUUUGUUGGUUGGCAAUCCGUGCCAAAUUCCACUGAGCAUACACAACUUAGUGACCACGUUUCUCUUUUGCGGGGCCAUCUAGCGGUAAGAGAGCGCGCUCUACACUUACAAAAUGCCAGGACGCGCUGCCAGUUCAAUCAAUAUGCAAUAUGGCAUUGCCUAUAUAUGAAAGAUUCUUCUGGUUUUCAUGGCGUUGGGGCAAACCUCAAAGUGUUUUUUUGCGGAAGAAAAAAGAAUAAUGUGAAUCUUACGUGGCGUUGUCUACAUAAGGUGUUCGUGUGGUUCUCUCAGUUGGUUGUGUCUCCUGAUGUUGGGAUGGUUUGGGCUUUUUGCUUAUUUGGUUAUUUGCAUUUUCCCCGGGGAAGUUUGUGUAAAAAAAGACUUCCGCUUCGCUUGGGCCACGAUGGCGUGCGGGGUCUCUUGGGGAGGUUAAAAACCCCCCGAGGUUCACCAACCCCGGAGGGGCCCUUUUUUUAA